GACGCGCCUCGAUUCCCGGCACACGAGCCGGCGAGCCGCGCAGCCUUCGACUCCGAGGGGAACCGCUCACAGGAGCACCACCGACCCGCGGACAUGGCCGAGGAGGGGAAGCACCUGGAGACGGGCCGGGCCGACCGCUCCGUCUGGCUCAUGAAGUGCCCGACCAUCGUCUCGCGCGCCUGGCAGGAGGCCGCCGCCGAUGCCGGAGGCCCCAACCCUAACCCUAACCCCGUCGUCGCCAAGGUCAUCCUCUCCUUCGACCCGCUCAGCACGGACGAGGACCUGAACCAGUUCAAGAUGGAGAUGGCUCAAACUGGCAAUGGCAACACACCGAAGAAUUACUCUUUAAAUAUGUUCAAGGAUUUUGUGCCAAUGUGUGUUUUCUCUGAGUCUAACCAAGGGAAGCUUGCAUGCGAAGGAAAAGUCGAGCACAAAUUUGACAUGGAACCGCACAAAGAAAACCUUUCAGACUAUGCAAAAUUAUGCCGUGAGAGGACUAAAAAUUCUAUGAUUAAAACAAGAAAAGUGCAUGUACUUGACAAGGAGCAUGUGAACGUGCGCACAAUGAUUAGCAUGAUUGGUGGCGGGCCUCAUUCUGGUCCAAAGGACAAGAAGAAGCCGGUGCCAACCAGAACUCCUGAAGUGAAAAGAACACGAAGGGAUCGUGGGGAUAUUGAAAACAUCCUAUUCAAGUUAUUUGAGAGGCAGUCGAAUUGGUCACUGAGGCAUCUAAUGCAGGAAACUGAUCAACCAGAGCAAUUCCUGAAGGAGAUAAUGAACGAUCUUUGCGUCUACAACAAGAGAGGACCGAAUCAAGGGACGCAUGAGCUCAAGCCUGAGUACAAGAAGUCUGUUGAGGACACUAGCGCGACCUGAAGUCUAUAUCAUCUCUUAUGAUAUGACCUGAGAGCUAGAGGCUCAUAUGCUCUGGUAAGUUGAAUGUGGGUCAUCGACAGAUUCCGAGUCCUGCCUGUUAAUUGCUGAUGAAUCGCCUGUGCUUCAUCUGGUUGUUCUUCGCAAAAGUAGCUUUUUAUGCCGCAUAAUCCUCGAGAUAUCUUCUUAUACCACGGUUUGCUGUAUCAAAGAUCCUGAGUUUUCAGCAUCUUGUGUCCCGAAGGUAAAGUUGUUGAUGUUUCUGUGUA